GGAUAGGUACAGUGGAUGUCGACCUCUCUCGUGUAUAAGUAGAAGCACAUUUCCCUGCAUUUUGAUUUUUGUUCAGCACCAAAAAUACAACGCCAGCCUCAACACAUUUACCAGCCUUUGCCAUGCAGCUCUUCAAUUUCGUUACUCUCUCCUUUGCCGCAGCGGCUGUGGCCGUCCCUGUGUCUGAGCCCGCCAGCGUGGCUCUCACGGCGCGGCAGGAUCGUGGCUGGUACACGGUCUCGGGUCUUGGAAGCCGGAAGCAGGCCAUCCUGAACGCCGGCGGAAACACCCUUGAUCUUGCCAUUGCCAUGCUGGAGGACGAGAGAAUGUCGACGAGUUACCCUUAUGGUGAUCGCAAAACGGGCGACGCCGCAAACUUUGGCGUCUUCAAGCAAAACUGGGGCAUGAUCCGCGUAUGCGCAUCGCGCGCUGGCUUCAAGGGCCAGAGCGAAAGCCAAUGGAACAAUGGCGCGAGACUCAACUCUGACAUCUAUGCCGAUGUUGCCUCGCGGUGGGAUUGCCAGCAGUAUUAUGGCUACGACAAGUGGUUUGCCGGGCAUCGCAACGGAGCAUCGGGGCUGGCAAACCCCAACACGGCGGACAUCAACAACUACAAGAGUGCCGUGCAGUGGAUCGAGAGCCAGAUCAACUCCAACUCCAGGUACAGGACUGACGACACGCGCUUCUGGGUCAACGUCCCGGCCAUCUGAUUAGGCUAUGCCGGCUACACACCAGAAGUGGUUUUUGAUGAGACGGAGAUAGAGGUGGAGAUCUCCUCGUCAGCGAGCAGUCAUGGGCAGUCUGGCCAUGGAUAUAUCUCAACCUGC